AUGGCUUUAAUGGACAUUGAAAACGUUUUUCUUGAUCAUGGUUUAUGCUGUCAAAGUUUUGAUCUUCCUUCACCUACAAAAAUCCCCCCAAAACAACAUUAUGAUGCCCAUGUUGAAGCUGCCGAUUCAAUCGAGCGUAUAUCUAAAUUAAACCGAUUACAAAAAUAUGCUUUUGAUUUAAUUAUACAAGCGAUUGAAUUAGAAAAUAUUCCAGAAAGAUAUUUCUUCGUGGAUGGCCCUGGAGGUUCAGGUAAAACGUAUCUUUACAAUACCUUAAUGUGUUAUAUAAGAGCAAAAAAUCAAAUUGUAUUGCCUUUUGCAACCACCGGCAUAUCCUCUAUUCUUUUAAAGGGGGGAAGAACCAUCCAUAGCGGAUUUAAAUUACCUGUGCCUAUCUUUGAAACUUCUACAUCCCAUAUGAAUUUACAUAGUUCGCUAGCUCUAGAUAUUAAAAAUAGCAAAUUGAUUAUUAUUGAUGAGGCCACAAUGAUGACUAAACACGCUUUGCGAUGCAAUGACCGAUUACUUAAAGACAUUAUGAAAAAUUCCCACCCAUUUGGCGGAAAAGUAAUUUUUUUAGGUGGUGAUUUUAGACAGACUUUACCAGUAGUGCCUAAAGGCUCCAAAGUCGAUAUUAUAGAGUCCUGUAUAAAAAGUUCAUAUUUAUGGAGUCAUUUUAAAAUAAUACAUUUGAUUGAUAAUAUGAGUAUUUCAUCAGAUCAAGUUGAAUACAAUGCUUGGUUACUUAAAAUUGGAGAUGGGCUAUCACGCAGCAAUUCUGAUCUUCCUACAAAUAGUGUUGAAAUCCCACCUUAUUUGCUUGAAAAUGAUUCAUUAAUAAAAUGUGAGUAUGGUAAUUCUAUAGAAAUUGCUGAUAUAGAUAGCCCUAUCAAACAUUAUUAUAGUGCAGAUUCCAUUGAAAGCGAUAAUAAGGAUGAUAUAAUGAAUUUUCCACUAGAAUUUUUGCAUUCACAAACUCCAUCCGGUAUGCCACCUGACAAGCUAACACUUAAGGUUGGUACAAUUGUUAUGCUAUUACGCAACUUGAGCCCAAAGAAAGGACUUUGUAAUGGUACCCGUUUAAUCAUACGACAUUUACAUAUUAAUUUUAUCGACGCUGAGGUAUUGACAGGCACUAAUAAGGGUUAUCGAGUUUUUCUCCCACGAAUAGAUCUAUCUCCUAGUGACUCUCAGUUACCAUUUACUUUAAAAAGACGACAGUUUCCUAUAAUUCCCGCUUUUGUGAUUACAAUAAAUAAAAGUCAAGGACAAACUUUUGAUCAUGUAGGCUUAUUCCUCCCUGAGCCCGUCUUUGCCCAUGGACAACUAUAUGUGGCUCUUACUAGAUGUAAAUCUCAAAAUAAUAUGAAAAUUAUGAUUUUGCCAUCAGAAUUACAAGGAUAA